CUCUCAGCGAAGAUGGUGGCACAGGAGUGGAGCUGUUACGUCGUUCCGGAUAGGACGGAGCAGCAGCCAAAACUCCCGCUGUAGGUCUGUUUUUAUUUAGCCCCCAGCUCCAGGAGAGAGAGAGAGGGAGAGAAAGAGAGAGAGAGCUGUGUCGGGGGGGAAAGGGAGGCAACCAGCGGCGGACGGAAGAGGACGCACCACAGCCAGAGCGCAUAGUGUUGUGUUUGUUGGACACAUGCAUGCCAGCGAAAACUAGAGCCAUCCAGACCUCAGGAGCUGCUCGGGAUAACGAGUCAGUGCCGUAUGUGGGCCGGUUUUUGAUCAUCCCACCGAAGACGCUUCCAAAGAGGGUCUCCUUUAUCGCUCUGGGGAUUUUCUGCUUCUGUGCUCCGGGGGGAAUGCGAGGGGAGGAAAUCCAGCCUCAGCUCCAAAUAACCAGAGACUCCUAACUGGGUCUCCUCUCCAAACUCAGGAAAUACGGCCUGGGAAAACAAAGUUUGGGAGCUUUUGGAAACAAGAGGGGGGCCUAUACCGCUGACGUUUUAAAAGGAGAGCUUUUUAAUGAGCGCUAAAGCUACCCUACAUGAAGUUUGUGAACAGCAGUCCAAUGAUACACUCCGUGGGUGUUGUUUUUACCAGACUUUUGAUCAUCACUAUUUAUAGCCCAGCCUGCUCCGACCGACGCUGUUCCUCAUAGCUGUACAUUUUUGCCAACUGCGCGCAACAAGUUGCAGACACUCCCAGCAGAGGCAAAGCUGCAGUGAUUCGGGCCAGCGGAGGGUAUGUUCUGCUCUUCUCUUUUUGGAUUACACGUCUUUGAAUAGCACAAUCCCCUCCCCGACCACCUCCUCUUUGGCAGGCAGGCAGGGGGGGAAUAAACAGUGGAGAUCCGGAGAGGGAGUUCAGGAAAGAACGGGGCUGGAUCCGUGGGAAUAGGCCUGCCUGUCAGGCCUCCUGUGAUCUGGGUCUUGGACUGGACCUCCUAAAUAAAACUCAGUGUGGAAUAUUUCCUCGGAUCUGCAGGGAUUAUGAUGGAAGAAGAAUGUAUGGGGGGAAGAACUUAAAUCCUUAGCCCAGUGAGCCAUGCAUGAGAGGGGGUGUAGAGGAAGUUAAAGCUGCUUAAAUCACAGAUCAUCCAUUUAUUAUUUGAAUGAACAGACCUGUGCACACACACAGUCAGAGCAUGUAAUGCAAACUAAUGUAUGAAGAGGAGCGUUUAAUAAAUGCAGUGUUCAUGCUUCAUGAUAAGGGAUUCCACACAUUAUUAAUAUUAUUAUUAUGAUAUCACUUUAAGGACAGUGUUUGUUGUGUUCAUAAGAGCCUGAGUGAGUCUGGGAGGGCCAUUAGUCCCCCAUGUUGUGCAGAAGAAAAGGUCAGUGUAACUUUUGCAGCCUCAUGUGUACAACUGUUGACAGCCUGACUCUGGAGCUGCUCAUGCGAUGAAUCCCUGGACCUGAACAUGCACACAUCCUUUUUUUGAUUUGUAAAAAAAGACAGAUCCGGGCAUCUUUCCAAUCCUGCCUUACACUUUGUAAUGUCAGCAGUGUAGAUAUUGCGCACAUCCAGAUGAGGUAAUUUCCAGUCAUUGUAACGUCAGGAUCGACAUAGUAAAAAAAAAAAGAAACCGUUGCAUCACAACGUUGUCCUUCCCGAGGAGGAUGUUCACUUCAGGAGGCAGACAGAAAGAUGAGCGUGUUUUUACCGCAGCUGGGGAGGACGCCGGGCUCAGACCCAGAGCCUUUUUGGAGAAGGAUCCAUGUAAUGUGAGUACUGACGCAAACCCGGGCUCGGAGAAUGAACUGCUCAACAAACUGGAACGGCGCGUCUUGUGUGAGUGAGUGUGCAGACUGACGUGUGCGUAGAAAAGACGUCUGUGCCGUCACCAUACAUGCAGCAGUGUGAUUAUUCCAGCAAACACCUUUGCUCUCUUUCUGCCCCCCCUCCCUCCCUCGCGCCACAUGUGUACAAGCGGCGCCCACGCACUCUGUCUGAUUGCCUGAGCGCCAUGAGAAGAUUGUAUUAAUAUUUAAAACCCCAUCGUUUCUCUUCACCCAAGUCAAUAUGGCCACUCUGCAACAUCACCGGCAGCUUCUCAUGCACGGCACGGAAGUGAGCUGCGACUCCAGCGGUGAUGGCGCCGUGACCGUGCGGAUUACCAACAGCCCGACACACGUGCAUCAACAUGAGCCACUGAGGGGCGGCGGGGCAGGCGGAGGAGCUGGGGGAGCAGGAGGCUACAGCGCUGUGAGUAAAAUGAACCCUAACCUGCACAAAUACAGCAUCUCCUCCAGCUGCAGCUCGGCAGACUCCAGACCCGUGUUGACCUCCACCUCCAGGGUGCACAGGGAGGCCCCUCCCCUUUUUGAACGCUCUGCUGCCCAGUGCUGGGACCCCAAGUUUGACUCUGCCAUCCUAGAGGAGGCGUGCCAGGAGAGGUGCUUUCCUCAGACGCAGCGGCGCUUCCGUUAUGUUCUGUUCUACCUGGCAGUGUCAGCUGUACUCUGGGGGGUUUACUUCGGGGUCAAUAGUGGCCGCUGUGACCCUGUGACCUUCUUAGUCCCCACAGCCUCCUUUCUAGUCCUCCUUGUGCUCCUCUUUCUGUUCACCCUAACCCAGCCCUACACGUGGCUGUACAAUCAAACCUCCUUGCUCCUGAUCGCCGUCACCUUCGCCAUCACUUUAGCUCCACAGAUACAAACUGCUGGUUUCACUGAGCUGGAGUGGGCUGGUGGCGGGAACGCCUCGUACCUCUCACCAGACACAGGGGCACCGCCUCCCACUCCUUGUAUCUCCCCUGUGGGCACCUUUUCCCUGUGCAUGGAGGUUCUGUUGUUGCUCUACAGCGUCCUCCAUGUUCGCCUGUACGCCUCGGUGAUGCUGGGUCUCCUGUAUUCUGUCUUGUUUCAGGCUUUAGAGUGGCUCCCGCUGCUUCAAAAAAGUUAUGACACGACUGGAUGGGGGGCGGGGCUAGUGGGUUCAGGUUCUAAUUGGGAAGGAGACACCCUCCGCUGGCUCGGCCCAGCUAAGGCUCUGCUCCACCUGUGCGCCCAUGUCAUUGGCAUCCACCUGUUCAUCAUGUCAGAGGUGCGGUCUCGCAGCACCUUCCUCAAAGUGGGCCAGGCCAUCAUGCACGGUAAAGACUUAGAGGUGGAGAAGGCGCUGAAGGAGCGCAUGAUCCACUCGGUCAUGCCCAGGCGGGUUGCAGAUGAGCUGAUGAAGCAAGGUGACGAUGAGGGUGGAGGUGAGAACUCUGGCAAGCGUUAUUCCUCUGGUGCCUGCUCCGCUUCGGCCGUGUCAGUGGGCGGCGGAGGAGGGGGCGGAGCUUCCCAAGCCCAAAGUGCCACAAACCCCAACAAUCAUCGGCAUAACUAUCACAAACGCAAGAAGACCUCCAUCCCCCGCGGACAGAUCAUCUUCCGUCCCUUUAACAUGAAGCGCAUGGAGCCCGUCAGCAUUCUGUUUGCAGACAUCGUGGGAUUUACCAAAAUGUCUGCCAAUAAGUCGGCCCCGGCCUUGGUGGGCCUUCUCAACGACCUGUUUGGACGUUUCGACCGGCUCUGUGAACUAACCGGCUGCGAGAAGAUCAGCACUCUGGGAGAUUGCUACUACUGUGUAGCCGGCUGCCCCGAGCCCCGACCGGACCACGCCAACUGCUGCGUGGACAUGGGCUUGGGAAUGAUCCAGGCCAUCGAGCAGUUCUGCCAGGAGACGUGUGAAACUGUCAACAUGCGAGUGGGCGUCCACACCGGCACGGUCCUGUGCGGGAUCCUGGGAAUGAAGCGCUUCAAGUUCGACGUGUGGUCAAACGAUGUCAAUCUGGCUAACUUGAUGGAGCAGCUCGGCGUGGCAGGCAAAGUCCACCUGUCGGAAGCCACCGCCCAAUUCUUGGACGACCACUACCAGAGGGAGGACGGGCAAGUGGCAGAGAGAGCCGGGCAGAGCGUGGUGGAGAAACUGAAAGGGCUGAAGACCUUCCUGAUCUCAGGCAGGAAGUUGGAGCAUGAUGUGCAGUGCGGCUGCUCUCAGGUGGGACUAUCAGCCGGGGUCGUCCUGUCGUCCUGCCCCAAGCCUUGCACGCCAGACCUCAUCCCUGGCGGAGCGGGCGCUGCUGAAGCUCUGCUGCCCCGCCAGCAGCCAGACCGGACCGGGCCUCCCUGUGUGGCCCGCUCUCUGGUCUUAUCUCCGAGGACAGAGCACGGGGAGGAUGUGGCCGUGCUGAACGGCUGCCAGGAGGAGCACAAGUCCAGCAGUGCGAAGUUCCUCCCAGGUCACAGCCCCAGAGCAGCCAACGGUCUCCUGAGCCCCCCGCUGGACGACCCCGUGCGGGCCAGCCAGAGCUCUCUGUGCGACAUGCUGCAGGAGAAAGAGAAGAAAACCAGCACCAGCACAGGGACCGGCACCAGCCUCGGCAUGGCUGGAGGUACCGGGGCAGCGGGCACAGGAAUGGAUCACUCCGCCCUGAUCCAACUGCGUGCCAAGAACUUCAAAGAAAAGAGCGACGUCCACUUUGUGGAGGUCAUCAGAGAGGACAGUCUGAUGAAGGACUACUUCUUCAAGCCGCCAAUCAACAAGAUCAGCCUCAACUUCCUGGAGAGACCGCUGGAGAAGGCGUACCGCAGCAGCUACAAGGAGGAGGUGAAGAACGAGGUUCAGGUGCAGACGUUUGCCAGCUCCACCUUCAGCUCCUUCUUGGAUGUCCUCCUCAGCUGCUUCGUCUUCCUCGCCCUGACGCUGGCCUGCUUCCUCCCACCUCUGGUGAGCCCGGCUACCGCGGGUCCCACCGCCCUCGCUGCCGUCGUCCUGGCUCCGCUGGCGGGUCUGUUUGAGCUGGCGUCCCUGGUGCUGUCCAUACGUAUGGCCUUCUACCUGGAGGAGGUGAUGAACUGUACCCGCUCGCUGCUCCUGGUGGUCUCUGGAUGGGUCCCACGUCAUGUGAUUGGGGCUGUGUUAGUCUCCCUCCCUGCCAUCUCUGUGUUGUCCCACCUCAUGUGCAGCGUCCACCUGCCCCUCCAGGUGACCAUGUUCCUGUGCUGUGCCACCAUCCUGGCCAUCAUCCAGUACUGCAACUUCUGCCAGCUCAGCUUCUGGAUGCGUUCAGUCCUGGCCACGGCUACAGGGGUCGCCCUGCUGCUGCUGCUGUACCGCCCGCUGCACAGCUCCAGCACCAACAGCUCGCCACUUCACGGACUGAACACCUCUACGCUGGGCGAUGGAGGUUUGACGUCGCUGGUUCCUGAACAUAACCCUCCACCGCGACCUCUCGACCUUCUGGUCCCAGAGGCCGUCCUGGCCUUCUUCCUGCUCCUUCUCCUGGUCUGGUUCCUCAACCGGGAGUUCGAGGUCAGCUACCGUCUCCAUUACCAUGGCAACGUGGAGGCUGACAAACACCGGUCCAAGAUCCAGACGAUGAGAGACCAGGCUGAGUGGUUACUAGGCAACAUCAUCCCCAUCCACGUCGCUGACCAGCUCAAGGUGACGCAGAGCUACUCCAAGAACCACGACAGCGUGGGCGUGAUCUUUGCCAGCAUCGUCAACUUCAGUGAGUUCUACGAGGAGAGCUACGAGGGGGGGAAGGAGUGCUACCGCGUCCUCAACGAGCUGAUCGGAGACUUUGACGAGCUCCUGCGCAAACCUGAGUUCAAAAGUGUGGAAAAAAUCAAGACAAUCGGCGCCACGUACAUGGCGGCGUCCGGGCUGAACGUCCGACAGAUGGCUGAGAACGAGGACGACUCUCCGCACGGCCACCUGAGGGCGCUGUUCAACUUCGCCCUGGAGAUGAUGGGCGUGCUGGACGACUUCAACAAGAACAUGCUGGGAUUUGGGUUCAAACUUCGUAUUGGAUAUAACCACGGGCCGCUGACAGCGGGGGUGAUCGGCACCACAAAGCUGCUCUACGACAUCUGGGGAGACACGGUGAAUAUUGCCAGCCGCAUGGACUCCACCGGCGUGGAGUGUCGGGUGCAGGUGAGCGAGGAGAGCCACGCUGUGCUCAGCAGCAUGGGCUUAGAGUUCGACUAUAGAGGGACAGUGAAUGUAAAGGGCAAAGGUCAGAUGAGGACUUUUCUUUACCCCAAAUGUGGGGGGAGCUUAAGUCCAGACGGAGUGGUCCAGGGCAUCAGCGUUGGAUCCUCACCCGUGGCUUCAACAACCAAUAAGACUUCAGGGUCUGUUGCACAGGCUCCUCCUCAUCCUCAAAGUGCUGUGAGGCCUUCAGGGGCAGGACCUGGACCUCAGGCCACAGAGAUAAGGGAGGAAGGGUACAGGGACGCUCCCCACUCUGAACUCGGCCCAGAGCCCCGAGCUGCACACCUGCCCUCCCAGGUGCAGCCGGCUCCUCUCGCACUUCAGGAGGGGGAUGAUGAAGAGGAGGCCGAUGAGCUGACCAAACUCAACGAGGAGUUUUAUGCUCGUCUCUGAUCCCUCCUUUCCUCUCGUCUGGUUUUCUGCCCCACUGGCUGCAGGUGUGGGCAGGAAGAAGAGGGAGUUUUAUCACUCCAUAACAACCAAGUGUGGCUUUAAAAGUCUUUGACAGAAAAACCAUGGUGAGGUGCUGAGGAGGGCGGGGCCUGUGUGGAGGAAACGUCUGACAGAAGUGUUGUUGUUUCUGUCCUCCAUGUGCUUUUUUUUAUUAAGUGCCUUCAAGACGAGAAAAGCGAACGAACAAAAAGUGAACAAAGUUUGAUCAAAUCCUCGACUACACAACAUGCUGUGGUUUCUUACUCCAUGCUUUGAUUUCAAUGCAAGUAUUUCUUUUGAAAGAAUCAUUAUUUUUGUGGCGUAUUGUUUGUUGUUGAUCAAAUGUUUGACUUUACUUAAGGGAAAUUAUUUUGAAUUCUAUUCUAAGUGCCAGUGCAAAAAGAUGAGCUGAGCAGGGAACUAUGGGAAGAAUGAGGGAAUCACAUGAAGCAGUGUUAAUGAGUAUUCUGCUUUAACAUAAGGGCUUAAUAAAGUAUUCAUCUGGGCUGCAGGCUCAGAGAAAAGGGAAGAGCUCACUGCAAAAACUCUGAUCGAAGUCGCUGUAUUUGUCUUCAAAACACUUAAAGGUCACUUAAAGGUCACAUGUCCUCCUCCUCUUCAACCAGUUCAAAUAAGUCUCAGAGCUCCUCAAAACAUGUGUGUGAAGUUUCUUGUUCUAAAUUCACUCUGAUCCUGUAUUUGAUCAUGAACUAUAAACCCCUCUAUUUCAGCCCUGCUCAGAACAGGCUGUUUCUGUGUCUGUACCUUUAAAUAUGUAAAUGAGCUGUGUCUGACCACGCCCCCUCUCUGGAAGGUCUUGGGUGUCUCGGUCUUUCUCGCUCCAUGUCCUAUUGUUUAUGGUGAGAAGGCAGACUCAGAGGGCAGAACGAAUACCUAGCUGUGGGAGUGUCACCCACCUGGGGGAGGGGUUACUGCCCUUUGUGAUGUCAUGAAGGGAAAAUCUCCGAACGGCCUGUUUGAGCACACAUUUUCUGAAAAGUGGAACAGGGGAAAGACAGAGAGGAUGGACUUUUCUCAUCAUUGGGGGGUUUGUAGACAGACUAGAGACACAUGGUGAAGUGGAUUUUAGAGAGUAUGUGACCUUUAAGAUGAUCCAGCGUCUCCUGGAAACCAAAGAGAAACCUGCUGGUUGAAGAUUUAAAGAGCAAACGAAGAAGGCCUGCAUCGCCUGUGAUAAGUAAAAACAUCCGCCCAUUGAGCAACAUUGACCUUUUGAGCUUCUUGAAAUGAGACCAACUUAACAAGUUCACUUCGCUCGCUGCAUUGGCAGAUUUCUUCCAGGCGUGCAUCUGAACGGAUCAGGUUACUGUGGCUCAUUCGACAAACACACCCGCUCUGAUUUGAGUUUUUGCAGGGAACAGAGCAUCGAGUUCAGUUUGUGCUGCAGAUAAAUGCACAUUUGAAGCACAGCUCUUGCACAGUGUUUGGCCGACCGGUUGUGAGUUCGGUCGUUCUUACGAUGAAUUAGCUCUAGAGGAAACAGAGCUCCUGUCUGUCCCCAUGAGGACAAUCAAAAGCACAACAUGCAAUCACGCGGGGGGGAUAAAAACUCAGAUCAUCACCGGAGCUACACCUGAGGUUAGUCUGCAGAGUCUGAAACACUCCUCCUCCCUGGCAGCCUCAGACUGAAGCUGCAGGUCUGAUCCCACUCCAGAUCAGUUUUUAUUUCUUCUGUUCCCUCUGGAACAUUUAGCAUCUUUUGUUAUCUUAGAAGACGACAGACACAUGUCGACAACACGGGGAGCGGGUUAGCAUGGCGUGUGGCGGUCUCACAGUGACCAGCGUGCCGCUAUCACCAGACAAGAAGUUCAGAUUUGAGUUUUUGAAUAAUGUCCUCUAAGGGCUUCCGUACCUGUUAGUAACUGUCGCUUCUGAGUUUUGAAUCACACACUGAGCUCCAUGGCGUUCUGUUGUCGUAUCACUUGAAGUGGGACUGUGAGGGACGAUCAUUGUGCUCUUUGUAAGCGACAGGAAGCUCCACAUCAAAGCACAGAUCUCUAGAAUGUAGCGUGUUUCACUCCUCUGAUCAAAGUCCGUCACGCUGAUGUUGUGGUUCCAUGUAACACUAAAGUAUCGUCUGCGUUUAGCUGAAGGGGGAGGGGCCUGUCGCAGCCUUCAAACAGACGGGGGUCCUCAGCUGAUUGUUCUUGUGGUGCCUCGAAGUAUGACUGUGUUUUUACUCCGUUGGAUUUCAGAGUGUUUUUUUUUUAAUGUGUUGUUUUUCACAACGACUGUUUCACAACAUAGUGCUCGUUGUGAAGGUUUUUUUUUAUUUUUUUCUGUGAUUGAUUUGAACAGAUUCCAUCGAUUUCACUUCAUUUGAGUUCUGUCGUCAUCGCGUCGUUAAGCAGGCGGCGAUGUCUCCGUCCUCAAACCCUGCAGCUCGGUCCCCCUUUGACUCCAGAAACACGGACCAGAUCCCUUUAACAUGAUCAGAUCCUGAUCGUCUACAUGGCCAGCUCUCCAUCCCACAUGACGCCGCCGCUGCUGCUGCUGCUGGUGAUGAUGAUGAUGAUGGUGGUGAUGAUGGUGAUGAUGAUGAUGCUUUAUGUAUCUGUAGAGGAAAUCAGCAGACUUUAAAACUGAUAUGAAAUCUGUAAAAUUAAUCCUAAGACUUUGAAGAAUAGACUUUGGCUGAAGAUUCAACCUUGACGUCCAUGAAGGUCGUCCAAAUCUCUGACACUUUUUGUCCACACGUUUCUUAAACAACACAAACUCUCGUAUUUUGAUGUCUAACAGUAUUUAAAGUACAGCACUAAAAAAAAAAAAACAGUCUGAAUGUUAGAUUGAGACCGCGUGCAGGAGUGAAGUUAUUACCAAACACUGGUUGCCUAGGUCUCUAUCUGUUGCCGUGGUAACAAUCGGGCGUUUAUAUCAUUGAUUUCUACUCGUAUGGUAUCGUGACAUCCUUUAACCCCCUCACAUACAGCGUGCUGAGGAGGAUUGUUUUCUGUGGCGAUGCACUCCUGACCUUCACACCUCGUGCCUUUGUGAACUAUAAACACUUAAUCUGGACGUGGCGAGCUUCGAUCAUCAUAAUGACAUCAUCACUCUGCACUUUCAGCAAAACUAUUCUGAAAUCCCCCCAAAAGCAUCUCAAGACUCAGACUGAGCUGCAGGACACUCAAUGCUCCCGUGAGGAACGCUGGCUCUGUGAGCUUCAGCGAGACGUGUGUGGUCGUGUUUGAUGAUCACACAGCUUCAUUAGAAGAGAUUAAAUAUCAUCAUCAUUCUUAUUAGAUUGAAGACGUUUGUCUUCACCUCAUGUUUCACUCACACUCAGGAUUCUGCAGCACUGCUGAUUUAAGGGAACGCUGUCUCUCUCUAAAGCCCGCUUUCCCCCAGAACGAGGAACCUUUUGAGGAACCACGCUCUAAAUAUAGGUCUGGGGUAAAAGAUCUACCCCUAAAAAAGACCCUUUGGUCCACAGGAACCUUUUAGUUCCUUGAAGAGAAUUGCCUGUAACUUUUAGUUCUGGAGACCUUUGGUCGAAAAGGGGCUUCUCUCUCUCUCUCUCUCUCCCUCUCUUUCCCUCCCUCUCUCUCUCCCUCUAUCUCUCUCUCUCUUUCUCUCCCUCUCUCUCUCUCUCUCACUCUCCCUUCAUGUUGUGUUCAUUUAAUUGAUGAGUUUUCCAACAAGUACAGCGCUCACAUCAAAAUGAUGGAACAAGGAACAAUCCUGUCGUAGCAGCUGCAGCAGCGGUGGUGGUGGCGGCGGCAGCAGCACGCUCACAUUCAGUGCUGCAGUCAGUAUGAAGCCGUCUGUGUUUCCAAUCAGUCGGGGACAAACAUGAGGCCGACACCUUCUAAUUCAAACGUGUUUUGGUUUGAUGUUCAUGAACGAGAUGUUUGAUGUUUCUUUUUGUGCACAUGUUUCAUUUAUCAACACAUGAUCCUAAUCUGUACACUUUGCACAAAGCACUCGCUGUUUGUACAUAUGCAGUUACUUCAUGUCACAUAUGAUUUUUUUUAUACAAGUGCAUGUGUCCGAUGUUUGCCAGACGACGAAGAGACACGGGUUCUUAUUGGACGAUUCAAUGAGUGUCUGUUUGAGGACGUGUGAGUGUUUAUGAUUUUAUUACACCGUGUGAGAGAAAUAAAUCUCCAUCCCAAAACA